CAUGCUUAAAGCUGUCGUUGACGUUCACUCAGCACAUCUCCUUUGGAUAGAAAUUUAAACAAGGAGCUCGGCCAAACGUUGACAAAGUCAGGUGUAAGCAUCAUCGGUUUCUCCAAACAUGAAAAACAAACCAAGGAUGGCCCCACAGUACCAGAUGAACGCUUCCCUGAAGUCAGAGAUACGGAAGUUAAACGUGGUCCACUUUCUCAUCUGGCUGCUGGUGGCCGCGCAAGUGACCGUCAGCCACUUCAACAUUGUGUCACAGGACACUGUGUCCAUGCCGUACCAGUGGGAGUACCCCUAUCUGCUCAGCAUCUUCCCUCUGCUCUUCAGCAGCCUGUCCCUCCCAAAGAACAACAUCAGCUACCUGGUCCUGUCAAUGAUCAGUGCAGGGCUGUUCUCUUUUGCACCUCUUAUAUAUGGUGGCAUGGAGAUGUUUCCUGUAGCAAAGCAGCUGUUCCGUCAAGGAAAAGCCUUCCGCUUCAUUUUUGGCUGCUCUGCAGUGACUGCUGCAUACAUUGUUAUAGUGGUUGCUGCUCAAGUGCACGGCUGGCAGUUGUAUUACAUGAAAAAACUGCUGGAUUCAUGGUUUGAUGCUACUCAGGAGAAGAAAAACAAAUAAUGGAGUUUUUAAGCUGUGAAUGGACAAAACUUGUGUUUUUUUUAAAUACAUGAGUUAUGUCUCCUUAGUCUUCAUGUUUAUGUAAUAUGAUCAUUUAAAGCUAAUGAUUGUUCAUUUCAAUAAACUUAUUUAUUUAAAGCA